UGUCGCGCUUGUCAAGCAUUUUGCUGAUAUAUCUCUCUCAGUGUUCGUGUGUGUGUAUAUAUAUAUGUAUAUAUACAAGAGCGCUGUAGCUGCGGCAAAAUAAAACGGCAAACAUCAACAACAGGGCCGCGCAACAAAAAAUAUCGUUACGCAAAAAUUUGCAAUUUUUAAAAUUGCCAGUGCUGUGCUAAGUUUCUUUCGACGGGCUGUUUCUGUGCUGUUGAGUGCGUAGGCUCGUGUGUAGAUUUAUUUAGUGGAUGUGCAUACAUAUGUGCGAGCGUUUGUGUAUGUGUACGUGUUUGUGUGCCUGGCCAAACAAUUUGCCGCUAAACACAAAAAGCAGCUGAAGGCAUAUAAAGACCAGCUGACGGCGAACCAACUGCACACACACACACAGAAGAGCAUAGCAAACCAAACACACACAAAGAUCGAUUUGUAAAAGUGUAGUAUAUAUGUGUGUACGUGAGGAGUGGGAGCAACUAACAACAAAAGUGAAUUAAACGAUUAAAUUUUAACUACACGUGGUUAUUUAAAGAAAAACUACCAACUAUAAACUUGGUUACAAGCAAAUAACACACACACCCAAACAAAAUAGUUUAAAACAUGUCUGCUGUACCUUUGGCCAUCAAAACGGAGGAAGUUAUUCUGGAAAACGCCGAGUACAAUAGUGCCGAGGAAUUGGAUGAAGAGUUACAGCUACAAUUGGAAGAUUCAGGCGGUGAGAAUACGUAUCACAUUGAGUAUACCACCGAAUCGCCGCAUCAGGUUACAACAAGUUCACAGCGUCGUCAGUCGAAUAUGACUGGUUCAGGCAGUAAUAGUGGCUCGAAUACCACAAAAGGUGGCGGAGGACUGGGAGGAGGCGGAGAUGGCGGCAGCUCUCCCAGUGGCAAAGGCGUAAUGGACAGCGAGAAGAGAAUGCGACGAGAAAUCGCCAAUAGCAACGAGAGACGUCGCAUGCAGAGCAUCAAUGCCGGUUUUCAAAAUCUGCGGGGCCUUUUGCCGCGUAAUGAGGGCGAGAAGUUGAGUAAGGCUGCUAUCUUGCAACAAACCUUUCAGUACAUUUGCGAAUUGGAGAACCAGAAGACCCAGCUGCUCACCCAGAACAGCGAACUGAAGCGUCAGGUGGGCGAGCAGGAGGCCGGUGGUGGUGGCUCGGAUGGUAAUACCCUAACCACCUACACCAUAAAUGAGGGGAACGCAGGCAGCGGAGGCAACAACAGCAGUGCCGUGGCUAUCAAGAAGCGCAAACUAACGGAUAAUGUCAUCAAUAUACAAACCAUCAGUGAUUCCUCCGACGAGGGUCUGGGUUCAAUGUCCCCCGAACCAAUGACACUGCUGUCUGGAGCCGGCGGAGCAGCAGCAGCCUCCAAACUGAACAAUGCCAACAUCAUAGCCGCCAAAGAGUUGAUCGACAUGAAGAAGCAGCUGGAGAAGGAGCGUAGUCUGCGCCGACUCCUCGAAGAUGAGCUCCAGAUGAUCAAACGACAACUUUAUAGUGUGGCCACAGCGCCGCCAGGAACUGCGGUAGCAGCUGCCGGAAGCACCGCCUACAUUCCACGCGAGGUCAUCGAACACACGGACAACUUUGUGCGCUCCGAGGAUCUGGAGGAAUUGGGCGGUACGGUGUCCUAUGUGGAGAUCGACGAGAUGACCGGCCAGCAACAAGUUGUUGUUUGCUCCAGCAUUGAAGAGUUGGAGGCAGAUGCCGCUGCCGAAAUUAUUACGGAGGAUCAGGUGCACGAGGAGGUGAUUCUGUCCUCGAACAGUUCCACAGAGUCCGAGAAUGAGGUGAAUGUGAAUGCCAUUGCCAAAGCCUAUGCCGAGGGUGCGCCGUGUGCGAGUGCCGCCGUCCUCCAGCCCAUCCUGCAGGCGGCCAUUAAGGCCACGCCCAAGGUCGAAGUCGAGCGCAUCAACGAGAAAAUUGUUAAGGUGAAGACGGAAAAGUUGGACCAGCCAGUCGUCUUCACACGCUCGCGCCAAAAUCUCGAAACUAUUGUGGAAGCGAUCCGCCACCUAGAAGGCGACCAUCUGUUUGCGGAUGGCGGGGCGGAGCAGCACAAAUUGCAGCAACAGUAUCAUCAUCAGCAACAACACCAGCAACAGCAUCAACAGCAUCAUCACCAGCAUGUGGUAACAACGUCACACCAUCGACUGGCCGGACAGGAUGCCCCACUGGCGCUGACCACAGGCAAGCAGCAUGCGGCAGUCGCCGAGCUGCGUCCGUUCCUGCACCUGAAGGGCAACAAGCAGGUUAUCAUCACGGCGAAGACGGCCAAGGAUGUGGCAUCGGGCGGUCCAGGCAACGGAGCAACCGUCACACCAACAGCCAUCUUCAAAGUGCAGAGCGCGUUGAGUUCAGCAGCGGGCAGCGGCAGCGGCGCCAAUGUUGUCGUCAGCAGUAAUAGCGGUCUGACGGGCAGUCAACAGUUGACCAUCUCGACUGCCCUCAAGCAGUGCCGUCCCGGAGUCAUUGUGGCCAAGCAGUUGUCGUCAUCCUGAUUGCCCCAAGGAGCGAACAGCGGCAGCAGCAUUCUCAUUGAACCGUUAGGCAACAAACCGCAACCGCAGCAGCAGCAUCAGCAGUCGCAGCAGCAGAUGAAGCUGCUGCAGUCUAGGGCUAGUAUUAAAGGCACACGGCAUCCCGCCCAUGCUGUAACUACUACUACUACUACAACUAAAACUACUACUUUAAAUGCAACUGCUACCACUAAUAAUUCUACUACUAAAUACAAUGUUAGCAAGCGACGCAGCAGUGCGAAAAAUGUUAAGCAACAGCAGCAACAACUCCGACAGCGACAACAACAGUAAUACUUUUAGCAAGAGAGAGACUGCUUAACACAGACAUGUUAAGUUAACAGCGUAUUAGAGCAAUUAUAUAAGUAUUAGUUAACAGAGUAGUAGUACACACAUACAUAUAUGCUGCUCACACUAAUACAUGCGCACACAUACGCUGCUCACACUAAUACAUUCAAUGUAAAUGUAAAUUAGUGAAAAUUAUCAAUUAUUUUUAUUAUUAUGUUAAAUCGUUUCAUUUUAAGUUUUAAAGUUUGUUCUUUUUUCUAUUCUAUCAAUAUUUGUGUAAUACAACACAACAACAACAACAAUACAACACUUGUACUAUAUCAUUUCGAACAACAACAACAACAGAAGAAAAAAAAAAGAAAACACCAACUCACACACAUAUAGCCAUUGUAAAUUAUUGCAAAUUUUUGUUUCAUUAUACUAUUUGUUAAGCAACUAAAGUGAAGGAAAGAAAAACAAAAAAUAUAUAUUGUUAUGAUUUGUCAAAAGCUGCCCCCUUUAUGAUUUAAAUACCGACAGCAACAGCAGCAACAACAACAAAAACAAAGUACAAAAAAUAGACAUACAAUUUACGAGUUUUUAUUUACAACAACAACACACACACAUAUGUAAAAGAAGAAGAAGAGAAAGAGAAAACAGGCAACAAAUACAUGAAAAUAAUCGAAUUGCAUUGCAAAAUUGAAUGCAAAUUCAAACAAAUUAUGAAACAAAUUGAUUGAUUCCUUGAAUACAUAAACACAACACACACAUGCACACAUACACAUAUGUACAUAAUAUAUGUGUGUAUGUGUGGGAGUGGGGUUGUGUUGCAUGCAACGAUCGAUCGAGAGAACUCUAAAAACACCAUCGCAUUAAUUUUUACUUCUUUAAAUUAUAAUUUAUUAUUACUUAAAGGCGUAUUUUUUAUUUUUUUAACAACAACAAUUGCAUGCGCAUACAUAUUAUGUAGUUUCUCCAUUUAAGAGAUAUGCAAGUGCAACAACAAUUGAUCAUGGAACGAAUUAAGUUUUUGUUGGAAUAUAUAAUUUUGUGUAAAAAAAAAAUAAGGAAAAAUUAAACAAAACAAAACAAGAUCAAGAGAUACACCCAUAUAAAAAUAAGUCGAAUUAUGUUAGCGAAUAAGUGCGUGGUAAAGUGAGAAUCGUUUAUUAUAUAAACUUACAUGAUACAUAUAUAAAUAUAUACAUACAUAUUUAUAUAUAUAUAUACAUAUAUAUAAAUACAUAAAUAUACAAUUACGCAUACAUAACACAGAUACAGAUACAGAGAGAUACAGUUAUAUAAAUAAGUAACGCAACAUUACAUAAUUUACUACUAAAUAAAUACGAGUACAUUAUUAUUAUUAUUAUUAAUAAUAUAUACAUACGAGAGUAAAUAAAUGAUUAAAUACAA